UCAGACAUUGGAUCGUCUGACUGGACAGCGGGCAUCGGGUCACCAGGCAUCAGCAGGCACCUGGUCAUCUGGCGCUGGAUCGUCUGGCUCGACAGCGGGCAUCGGAUCACCAGGCAUUACCGCGGGCACUGGGUCAUCAGGCAUUGGAUUGUCUGGCUCGACAGCGGGCAUCGGGUCACCAGGUAUGACAGCGGCACUGGGUCACCAGGCAUCAGGUCAUUUGGCUCGCCAGCGGGCACUGCGUCAUCUAGCAAGGCAGUGGGCACCGAGUCACCAGGCACGACAGCGGACUCUGAGUCAAUUGGCAAGACAGCGGGCACCGGGUCAUCAGGUACCGGAUCGUCUGGCUUGACAGCA